GGGUUAUUAGGUCUUCCGGUACGUGAGGUCGGAUUUGUGGGAUGUACAUCCUGUCAGUAAGGUCAAAACAGCGCACAAGACGGACACGUCACUGCUCAGGCCUAUCGACUGUAAAUGUAACUAAACACAUCCGCUACAGAGCUGCUAAUUCACGGUGCUCUGUUGAUCUGCUUCUCCGCUGCCCGGUAAAGGCACUGUCAUGUCGGGCUCGCUUAUCCUUUCACCCGAGGUUAGAAAAUUACGUAAGAAACUCCGACAAAUUGAGAAUCUGGAGGCUUUGCCCCGGGGAUUGACUUUAGAGGAAGCCGAUAAGCUUGCCAGGAGAGCUGCGCUCCGCACACGACUGGCUGAUCUCCUAAAACAGCAAAGCCUGGUGGAAAACCAGCAGGAGGAGCAGUGUGUUGUGGGAUACCAGGAAGAAGAGGCGGAGCAGUGCAUUGUGGGUGAAUCGUCUAAAGAAAAAGAGAGCGAGGGACCAAUGAAACGAGGGCACAGUGAGGACAUAACAAGGGUACUGCCACAGGAGCUGCCUGCUAGGCCAUCAGGAUUGGUUCAGGCAAAGAACAAGGAUAGCCCUGCUGACAAGAAGAGGAAGACUGAAGGACCCGCAACAGAAUCUGGGUUCAAGACCCUCAAAGGGUCAUGGGAAGGUGCCCGCUUUCGUCUGAGGUUGUUGGAAGGUCACAGUGACAUCAUCACAUGCAUCACCGUGGUGGAUGAUUAUGUCAUCUCUGGCAGCCGGGACACCACAGUAAAGGUCUGGCACGUUCCCACAGCCUCGGAGGAGAGGAAUCUGGGGGGUCACACGGGAGGGGUUACCUGUCUGGGGCUGGUGCCCCAAGAGCACAGCGUCGCACUGGCUGAGUCUGUCAGUUUGGACUGGGCUGAGCGUUUUGUUCUGAGUGGAUCAGUUGACAGUACCAUCAUCAUCUGGGCUGUAAAUCGAGGCUGCUCCGUCAGGAACAUUUACACCUACAGCUCGGUGACAGCACUGCACUUCAUCACCACAGCGAGAGGGGAGGGACGCAUCGUCACUGGAUCAGAGGGGGGGAAGGUGGAGUUGUGGGAUCCUCUAACAGGACAGAGCUGCCAGUCUGUUCGCGCUCACAAGGACGCAGUGACAACACUGCAGCCCCAUGGCCCCCUGCUGUUCUCUGGCUCUGUGGACGGUUCAGUGAAGGUGUGGGAGGUGGAUAGAGAGAGGGAGGCAGGGGGCGGAGACUGUGUGCCCCCAGGCUCCUCCCCCAUCCGCCUCCUUAGAUCAUGUGACUCGGAUCCCUCCAGCCUCGCUCUCAUUCGCAGCCUCACUCCCAGAGGAGAGAAGGUCUACAUUGGAACAGAUCACUCCAACAUACACAAACUGGACUGGAGGACUGGUGCGGUAUCGAAGUUGGCUAAUCACAGCUCGGGGUCAGGGGUCACAGACUGUGUGUGGCAGACGGGUGACGGGCUGCUGCUGACGAGCUCCUUCGACCUGGACACUGGAGAGAGCAGCCUGAACUUACGCAGUCUCCCUGACGACGGUUACGUAGCAACACUAUCCUGGCCUGAUGCUCCCAGAUUUCUCUGCCUCUCCUCCUGGCUCACAGGCAGUGGGGGUCACCGCUGGGUCACAGGGGGGCGGAGCCUGACUGUGUGGGAGCAGCUGCCAGCCAAUAGCAGAGAGAGGAGUGAUGUCACCGUCAGACACAUCGCCAGUCUGGAGCGCGGGCCAGUGGAGUCGGGGUCUGAGGAGAGUGAGGAGAGUGAGGAGGAGGAGGAGGAGGAGGGUGAAGAUAUUUCCCAGGAUUCAGAGGGACCUAAAGGUUCUGGAAUCUCAUGGAUUCGCUGUGUUCUGCUUUGAAGGACCCCACCUGAGGGAGGCUGACCAAGCAAAGUGCCUGUUUUUUUAUGUAUAAAUAAGAUUCUCCUUUUUUUUUUUUUUAAAACAGUAUUUUCAGAUGGGAUGGGGGGUGGGCAGUGCUUAUAGAGGUUAAAGAUGGGUUGACAAUCUUGGUUUGCGCUCCUUUUAAAGCGGACAGUAUUAAUGUUGCUACUGUAGUGCAAAUCCAUUUUAAGGCAUUGUUAACAAACACACUUCAACCCGUUUCAGUGUUUUGUAAUGCAAUGUGUCCAUUUAAACACUUGUAACAUUGUGAAAAUCAAAAAUGAUGUGGUUUAUAACAAAAUUAAAAAAGAUGAAACCAUAUUUUUGAAUUAA